AUGAAGUUCACAAUUUUGCGGUUAAAGAGGAAGCGAAACGAAGAACCUCUUGAUGCACUCGUUGUUCAGCAACUAUUAACUAAUGAUAAUAACCGUGGUGGCAAGAAAGCAAGACGGGCUGCCGACAAUAAACUUGAUAAUAUGAUCACCCAACGGAGUGAAACGUCGUUUUCGCCUUCGGUCUUCAGAUAUGCAGAGACAGUUGAUGAGAAAAGCUUUGAGGAUGCGACGCAAACUACGCAAUUGAGAGAGCGAAUAGCCAGACUAGUAAACAGAAAAGAAACUCUACGUACUCGCGAUUCUGAUGCUAGACGAAGCAAGCAAACACGUGAACAACAAAUUGCCCAGUUUAAUGACGACAUGCGUAGAGAGAGAUAUAGAGUCAUUAACAGGAAUCGGUUCGCAGGGAAAGAAGGAUUAUUUAAUUCGUACGUCUAA